AUGGGUGGUGGGUUUCAAGUUGGAGCAGCUUCAAUUACCAUAGUUGCUCAUUUGUUGUUCAUAGCAAUAACAAGCCUUUUACUAGUUUGGUUGCUACACUUCCGAGAAGGUGUUGCCUUCUUCAGCUCUUCCAACCCAACCAAGAUUUUCAAUCUCCAUCCACUUCUAAUGGUGAUUGGAUUCAUUUUAGUUGGUGGAGAAGGUAUGAUGAUAUACAAGUCUGUGGCUAAAAAAAGGAGGUCAGUGAAAGUGAUUCACCUGNUAUUACAUCUGGUAGCUAUGGUGGCUGGAAUUCUAGGGAUCAUAGCAGUUUUCAAAUCAAAGAAAGAAGUUGGUCUUCCUAAUAUGUAUACAUUACACUCUUGGCUAGGCAUGUCAGCAAUAUGCCUAUUUGGUUUACAGUAUAUCAUAGGGUUCUUCUCUUAUUUCUUCCCUGGUGCAGAAAUGCAUACUAGAGCUUCCCUUCUGCCAUGGCAUAGGUUUGUGGGCAUGGCCAUAUUCCUUCUUGCAGUUGCCACAGCUGAGACUGGUUUACUUCAAUAUUUUCAGUUUUUAAACCUUUUUCGUAGCCAAGAGGCUCUCAUAGUCAAUUUCACUGCUCUCUUGCUCUUCCUCUAUGCUUUCUUUGUUGCUCUCUCUGUCACUCUCCCAGCAAAUUAUUCCUAA